AUGAUUUAAGUGCCCUAUUUACGAAGAGGAGAUGUAAAGUUAGACAUCAUGUUGUUCAAACAUUGCAGUUGCAGUCAAUUAAACUUUCUCAGUUCUUGGUUGUUUUAAGGUCACAGCAGUUCAGUCAAUCUGCCAAUGGUUAUACAUGUAUAUGUUUCGGCAAUUCUUACAAGGUCACCAAAGCUUUCGUUCCACGGUUGACACAUGCGGGUAUUACAUAUGUCUCUAAGCAGAUGCAAGGUUCGGCUAACUGCUUUACACUAGACAGAAUGUAGCAAGAACGCCUGUAAAACACUGACCUGGACCAUACAUCUGUUUGAAUACUAAUGUGAUACCGCUUCGAUAGGCAUUUAACUGAAUCCAGUUCUACCUGAGGCGUUUUUCAACAACUGGUCUUUCCAGUGAGCGAUCCCUCCAUAUUACAGGUCAUGGCUCACACGUCAAGUAAGCCAGACAAAGGGCUGCUGUCUGAUGAAAGCUCCUGGGUCUGAAGAAGACUCCUAACAAGUGAACGGUUCACCAAAGGAGUUUGUACAUGUUUUCUAGACCUACCCUGAAAGAGGACAAACCUUCAGUCUCUAUGGUCCAGCUGCCACAGGCUGUGAGGGCCAACCUUCCUGCUGUCACUUUACCUCGGCUGCACACACAUCCAUUCGGAACGCAGUUAACUGUCAUACCAACUGACAAAGAUUGAACAUGCAAGAUGAAGACAGUUACUCGCCAGGAACGAUGAGGAGGUCACGUUUGCGUAUCAUGCUGAUUGCCUUGCUGUGGCUGGUGUUUCUGUCCGCGAUCAACUGGGUUAUCACUUCACAUGUGAUGAAGAGGAACCCCAGUUCAAGUACCCACAUUGUGCAAGGCGCGGGACCCCUUGCACCACAUGCACAGAAGAUAAACCCAAACCAACAGAACAUACACCCUGAGAAUGACAAAAUGCCAGAUCAAGGGCAAAACGAAAAGUCGGACAAUGAUGAUGAGUUCUUCAAGAGUGAAGAAGACGAUGACGUCGACGAUGAUAAUCAGGAAGAACCGGAGAAAUUUAUGGCAGAGGACGAACAGGUGUCACAGGAAGAGUCGGACGAACGUGGGCAAAACGAGGUAGCGAUUGAAGGAGGAGAAGGAGAAGAUUGUGAACGUAAGAACAACUUUGUCUUCAUCAAAGUCCACAAGGCCGGAUCCACCACCGCCAUGGGCAUCUUUCUCCGCUAUGGCUACGAGCACAACCUCACCUUCGUCCUGCCCCGCAGAACACCUUCCCUGGGCUGGCCGGCUCAACUUAACGAGGACUUCUACAUCCCACUCAAGAACAACGCCUUCAACAUCCUCACCCACCACACAGUCUAUAACAGAGACUUGAUCGGCCAAAUCAUGCCGAAAGACAGUUACUACCUAGCCAUUUUGCGCCAUCCUAUAAACAUACUAAAAUCGGUCUUCAAUUGGUGUUCUUUAGAUAGCCGCUUGUCCAUAAAGUCGGAUAACCCAGUGGCUUACUUUCUAGAGAAUAUUGACCAAUACGCAAAGCAGUUAGACGGCGUAGACUCUCCGGUUACUCUAAGAAAUUUCAUGUCUUUUGAGUUCGGGUACAAGUCGUCUCCUGUGCAACCUAGCGACGACGAGAUUCAAAUUUUUGUCCAAACUAUCAAAAAGGACUUUAAUCUGAUCAUGAUAUUGGAACAUCUCGACGAAUCGUUGGUACUGUUGAGGAGAAUUAUGUGUUGGGACAUAACGGAUAUACUAUAUCUGACGAAAAAUGCCGAAUCGUACGACUACCGACGAGCGGAGAUUUCUAGUGAUGAGGUGCGAAUGCACCGAGAGAUGAGCAAAGUGGACUACGCCCUGUUUGAGCAUUUCAACGCCACCUUGUGGGAAAAGAUCGAACAGCAGGGUUCAAAUUUUAAAGACGAAGUUGAGCACUUUAAGACAGUCAAUGGAAAAGUGACGAAGUACUGUGUGGCACUUGACCACAGUGCAGUGCUGACGUUUAACGAAACGAAAUGGUAUUCAACAUUUUCCGUAGACAUGGAGUUUUGUAAAAACUUGUAUAAGCCACAGAAAGCGUAUGACAAGGAGUUGAAAGCUAGGCAGGAACCCUUGGUUACUGACACCUAUUGGGAUACGAAAGCUGAUGUUGAAGCUCGCUGGGUUAGGCCCAAAUUGCCCUGUUAGAAUAUAGUGAAUAAUGUAUUUAUCGUUCCAAUUGUAUCAUAUGACAGCAACUUGUAUUUAAACAAUAGUUUAAGUAAAGUAUUCUUCUGGGCUAAUGCACCAUGGAACAGUUUUCAGUGAAAGUAGACAGACUCUUUAUCAUCAUUAUCGUUAUCAUUAUCAUUAUUAUUAUUAUGCUUCUUAUCAAGCUUGUGUUCAUUAUCAGUAUUAACGUUACUGUACAAAUAGCCGGUGCCUGAUUAAUAAACAAAUACCACUGGGUUUGGUAUCAAAUUUGUUGACUUCACUUACUUUUGCUCUAGCUCUGCUA